GUCAGAGACCUGGGUGAGAGGAGUGGAUGAUUUUUGCCCUCUCCCAGCUAAGAAGGGGGCAAGCGCUUGGCUUCUGUGCGUCUUUCCCCAAGUGCAACAGAGUUGAAUUAUGGCAUUGGUGAAAAGCGGCUGGUUGCUCCGGCAAAGUACUAUAUUACGACGUUGGAAAAAGAACUGGUUUGAUCUGUGGUCUCAUGGACACUUACUAUUUUAUGAUGAUCAACAUCGGCAGGUUUUUGAGGAUAGACUUCACAUGAAAAUUGACUGUAUCAAUAUCAGAGUGGGAAACGAAUGUCGAGGUUUCCAGCCUCCUGAGGGGAAGCCUAGAGAUUGCUUGCUGCAGAUUGUUUGCCGAGAUGGGAAGGUGCUCAACCUCUGUGCGGAAAGUGCUGAUGACUGCUUGGCUUGGAAAAUUGCUCUCCAAGAUUCCAGGACAAAUGGAGCCUGUAUUGGUUCUGAAGUGACAUAUGAUGACUCUACAAUUUCUUCAGCUCCCCCUCCUUACACAGCUUAUGCCAUACCAUCAUCUGAGGUUUAUGGCUACCCACAGUACAACAGUGUUUAUCCACCUCCAGGGGCUCAGGUCAUCUUUACUUCUAAUGGACAGACAUAUGCAAUCCCUUACCAGUAUCCAAACCAAGGUACUUAUGGUCAGCCUCCCACAAACCAUGUCAUCAUUCGAGAACGGUACCGGGAUAACAGUGGAGAUCUUGCCUUGGGCAUGCUUGCGGGAGCAGCAACAGGAAUGGCCCUGGGCUCAUUGUUCUGGGUAUUUUAGGCUUCCUCUGGAGUUCCAAAGCAAGGAAGACCCAACCCCUUUUAUUUAUUCUGCGUGCAAUAAUUAUGUAUAUUUUUAAAGUACUCCUCUUUAGUUGACAGAUUUUUCAUAAGUUCUAGUAAUAUUUUUGCUAGCAACUCACUGGAACUGUGUUUUAACUAAGUCCUAGCCACCACAAGGGCAUAUUUUAGUUGAAAUGCGGUUAGCACAACGGCUCAUUGUCAUAUGAGCUUGUGAUUGUAUGCAUUGAUUAAUAAAUAGCAGUAAUAUUAAUGAAGGAUCACUAAUGAAGGAUAAAUGGCAAUGCUUAACUAAAUUUUAUAGUCCAAAAUCAACCUUUUUGUUAAAAUCACAUGGGCUGCAGACUUGAAAUACUAACUGCAAAAUAGGGCAGCAUGAUAAUAGGAAAAUGUGCUGCACUUUGGGCUCCAGGUUAUUUGAAUCAGAUACUGUUUUACUUCUCCUUGAAUGGAGAUGGUACUUCAGUAGAUACUCCAUAGGAUCCAUUUGAUUUUUUCAGUAUUCUGAAAGCUCUUACAUUUCUGUAGCUGGUUGGGUCGACAAAAAUUGCAUACUCCGCAGCAUAUAUUACUUUACUGUGCAAACUCUCCCCAAAGGCAAAACGAUAAAGUUUGCAAUUUACUGUUUCUUCCCAAAAUAAUAGCACCCUUGCUUAGAAAAGGGGAAAUAGUUUUGUCACAAUGUAAAUAAUUUCUGCUUACUAGAAAUUGCAGCUCAGGUUAGUUCCUUGUGUUUCAGUGUCUGAGCCCUUUCUGACUGGAGGCAUUUUUGCUAGAACAGUAAAGUCUACUAGCAACUCAGUUCAGUCUGGUCAUGAAAGUCCUUUCUAGUCCUAAAUAGAUAGAUAAUGGAAUUGGGCUUCAAAGCGUUGAAAACAUUUUUAAAAACCUUGAUAGUAGAAGUUUUGGGCCCUGACCUGGGUAGCCCAGGUGAGCCUGAUCAUGUCAGAUCUCAGAAGCUAAGCAGGGUAAGCCUUGGUUAAUAAUUGGAUGGGAGACCUGCAAGAAAAACCAGGGUUGCAGAGACAGGCAAUGGCAAACAACCUCUGUUAGUUUCUUGCCAUGAAAACCAAGGGUUGCCAUAAGUCAACUAUGACACCACAGGUGUUUUGGAAUCCUUUACUUGUAGCGUGUAAGUUUGCACAAAAUGACUCUCCACAUCUCAUCUGCAGCUGCAAACCAAGAAAAUUACUUGCUUUUUUCUGAUGUAGCACAAUGAAAUCAGAUUCUCAGUCAUUAAGACUGUUGUAUUUGUAGUCUCCGGUCUUGCAUACUCUUCUACUUCAGCGCCUUCACUUUCUACUUUUGACAUAUACAACUCUGUAACAGGAUGGAGCAAGCUCUCCUUGGAAAAUGAUUAGCUUUAGUGGAGUAGGGUGCCAAAGCUUUACUCUUAGGAUAUUUUUAUACAUUCAGUUACUUGUAUAUCUUACUAAAAUCUGAAAUGUAGGUAAAAUUCAUCAAUAUCUGUGUUGUGCUCCUAGCCAAAUGUUAACAGCAGUAAGAAAGGAAGACUUUGGUGCAGCCAUUUGUCAAAAUAGUAAAUGUUAAUACAGUUAUAUUUUGUUCCCAGUGAAGCAGAGUAACACAAUUACAGCGCUUGGCAAAAGUAUUAGUAGUCUUUAUAUAGUGACUAACGGUACAUCUCAAAUGAAAAUGUGUGCUGCUAUUUUGCCUUGGGAGAUAUAGGCAGUGCUGAGAAACCAUAGUCACAUCCAGCAAUUGUUGAAUUUGAAAGUCUGUGCUUUUAAUUAACAUCCACACUGAGAUGUUUGUUCUUACAAAUGACUAGAAUAAAUAAACAGCACUGUGAACUGAAGAAAAUAUGAACAGAAGAUAUCAAGUGCUUCAUAAGUGUGGGACCAUCAUGUAAAUUCUUGUGCAGGUAUUUCUGAAGCCUUUAAACCACUCAGACUAGCAGUGGACUCCUAAGCAGGGUUUUCCCUUUCUAAACCCAAUGGCUUCAGUGGAUUUAGAACGUUAUUCUGCUCAGGAUUGCACUGUACCCCUGUGAUAGAGGCAGGCUUAGCUUCUGCUAUGAUUUAUACUUUGUCAAGAAUUAUUUUUAAAAGAGCUCCUUAUUUUCUGUGUUACUCUGUGCAGUUGUCUUGAAAUACAUAGAAAGCAGAAAUUUUAGGUAUUUGUAUUUGAUUAUGAAAAACAAAAUAAAUGUAGUGUUGGAACUGCU